AUGAAGGUGAGGGCAUGAAGGGGGAAUCUGCUCCAGACUUGCAUUGCUGCCAGAAGGCUCAGCCUCUAGGGCAGACAGGGGGCUCCCUGUCCUCCAGCCUGGACUUCCAGCUCUGCCAAAGUGACCAGGUCUUCUCAGCUUGCAGGCCACUCUCUGACACAGUGGACUCCCGUGGCUCAUCCUGGGCCAGCUGGUUGCACCCCUUGCCACCGGCACCAGCCCCCCAGGGCCUGGACCUGUACCUGUGGACCCUGGAGCUGACACCACUGAGCACAGCUCCGCAGAGUCUCAGAAGUGAUGUCUUGAGUACAAAGCACCAGCCACCAGGGCUGCAGGCCAGCUCCACUGAUGAUGAGAAACUCACGGCCAAGUACCCUGCGAGCAGGGACAAGAGGGGAGGCCAGCAGGAAAGAGCUGGCGAGGGGGCUCUCCUCUGCCCAUCCCUCUCGCCUUACAGCGGCUCUUCCCCAGUCCCCUGGCAGAACAGGAAGAGCCCCAGGCCCUUGGCCAUCUGCUCCUGCCCACUGCCUACUCCCAUCUCCGAAGAACUCCCAUUCUGCCUCUACCCCUUCUAUCCUGGGUAUCCACUUCUGCCUCCACCUCACCUGUUCACCUACGGGGCCCUACCUUCUGUCCAAUGUCCCCCCCUCUUCAUGCUGCCCCCAGACCCCUCCUAUGCCACCAGCUUGCCGAUGAGUGUCAAUGAGGCUGGGCACCCCGCUUCCCAGGGGGAGACCCUGUAUCCUUACCCAGGGGCCUCCCAAGCCUCUGGCCAAAGCCAACCUUCCCCGGCCUGGGAUCGAGGUCCUGGAACCGCCAAGACUCUCUCCCCUGGGCCAAAGCUCGUGGGCAGGGCGGCUCCAGCAAGGCGGGCAACCACAGGCUCCCGGCCAGGCACCACAGCUCUGCCUUACCCACUGAAGAAAGAGAAUGGCAAAAUCUUGUACGAGUGCAACGUGUGCAGCAAGAACUUCGGGCAGCUCUCCAACCUCAAGGUCCAUCUGCGUGUGCACAGUGGGGAGCGCCCUUUCCAAUGUGGCCUGUGCCAGAAGAGCUUCACCCAGCUCGCCCACCUGCAGAAGCACCACUUGGUGCAUACGGGGGAGCGGCCCCAUGAAUGCCUGAUGUGCCACAAACGCUUCAGCAACUCUAGCAACCUCAAGACCCACCUGCGCCUGCACUCUGGGGCCCGGCCCUUCCGGUGCAGUGUCUGUCCCCGGCGCUUCACCCAGCACGUUCACCUGAAGCUGCACCACCGCCUGCACAUGCCACAGCCUCCCCACCUAGCUCACGCCCACCUGUCCCUGGCGUCUCUUGCCUGCCUUGCCCGAUGGCACUAGGAAGCCCUAGAUCUCGUGGCGCUGCCAUCAGAGAGGCAGACGGGCUGGGAUCUGGAAAAGGUCAAAGCGUCCUUGGCAUGGGGGAAAGUGCGGGCAGCCAGCCUGAGCCCUGGUGCCAGGACUGCCCUGGGGAGGGGGCGGGAGCAGAACAAUUAA